AUGACACGAAUCCUUCUCACAGGUGGAAGCGGUUUCAUCGCGGCUCAUGUCCUGGACGCUCUUCUGCACCGCGGCCACUCGGUAGUGACCACCGUGCGCUCAGAAGAAAAGGCUCGUAAAAUCAGAGACUCUCAUCCAGAUGUGCCGAAGGACAAACUAGACUUCGCGAUCGUGGAGGACAUCGCGAAACUUGAUGGUAAUUAUGUCGCGCGGAACAACUGCUUAGCCCACCCCAUGGCUACUUGCUCCAACAAUUGGUUGAUUGGAUAUAAAUAUAUAUAUAUAUAUAUAGCAUUUGACGAGGCUGUUAUUGCGGACCCGCCCUUCGAGGUUGUUAUUCACACGGCUAGUCCCUUCCACUUCAGAGCUGAUAAUAAUCAAACCGAAUAUCUCGAUCCGGCUAUCAAUGGCACCGUUGGAAUCCUUCGUGCCAUCAAACGAAGUGCGCCAACGGUCAAGCAUGUAGUUAUUACAUCUUCCUUCGCCGCUAUCAUUGAUGCCAAGAAGCCUCCUACGUAUAAAUACUCAGAGGCAGAUUGGAAUCCUAUCACAGAGGCAGAAGCACUUCUCAACCCAAUUUAUGGUUAUCGGGCGAGCAAGACAUUUGCUGAAAGGGCCGCUUGGGAAUUUGUUGAAAAUGAGAAACCAAACUUCACCGUCACGACGAUAAACCCCCCUGUCGUCCUCGGGCCAGUCAUCCACCAUGUGGACUCCUUCGCCACGCUCAACACCUCCAACGAGCGUAUUCGCGACCUGAUCACGGGGGCCGGAAAGCACUCAUGCCCGCCAACAGGCACGUAUCUAUGGGUCGACGUGCGCGACGUCGCUCUCGCGCACAUACUCGCUGCUGAAAAACAGAAGGAAGCUGCCAAUCAGCGCUUCUUUGUCACAGCGGGCAACUUCAGCAAUCGCCAGGUGGCCGGUAUCAUCUACGAGGAAUUUCCACAGCUGAGGGAGAAGUUGCCGGUGGAGGAAGAUGCAUUGAAACCUGGUGAUUUCCCCGCAGAGGGAUAUUCUGGGUUUGAUAAUGAGAGGUCGAGGGACGUGUUGGGGUUGGAGUAUCGGUCGUUGAGGCAGAGUGUGGUCGAUACGGUGAAGAGCCUGCUAGAGAUUAAAGGGUAG